AUGCCGUCCUUUUGGUUUUUGGAUACAUUGGCGCUCCACGCGCUAAGAUACAAACAGGACCUCGACGAGUAUUACAUGGGUGUCUUGGUCAGUUGGUUGGCUGGGGAAAUUAGAUUGCUUCGAGAUAGGAAGCAUACUCGGAAAGAAUUUUUCAAGGAGAUGAAGGAUAUCUUCAACGCAGCAACUAACAAAGUAUCCGAACAGAAACGGUUACCGUAUUGGAAUGAAAUCGUGUCGUUGUACGAUCGUGACACGCAAGAAGAAAUGGAGGAAAAGCUAUCCACGAGGAAUCAAUCGAUGGAAAGCAUACGAGAACCCUCUUCUCGAGAAGCUUUCAAAUUUUCGAGUAACAUCGAUCCAAUUUUCGUGUUGGAUAUCGUGAUUGAAGCUACUUAUAGUAUGUAUGCGAACGAGCUACGAUACGCACUCGUUUACGCAGUUUUCGUGGAACCAAUUGAAGUACAGGUUUACGAUCUACCAUUCGCUAUCCGAACACCUCGCCAGGUAAAAUUGGCAGAUCCGAAAAUGGUUCCUUUUAAUAUAGAAUUACAAAAAAGUUUGAGAAAAAACGAGAUAGCGGAGAAAUUUAAAAAGUCUCAUAAAACAGUGAAAAAGAACUUUGAAGUACCUAUGACGCCUCCACCUUCCUUAGAUGAUGAAAGAAUGUUAACGCGCAGUCGUCUAUUCAUUCUGCCAUUGAUAGAAGCGAAAGAGGCAACAAAACUGUUCGAAACGGAUGACGCAUAA